UGUCUAAUUAACAAAUUAUCUCCCCUGAUUUACCUGUUCAAAAUAGAUGGCGUCCACUUCCGUAUAUGUAUAAACUAAACAUUUAACUCACGAAAAUAUGAUUUAUAUCUUAAUUUUGCCGCUUUUGGCACAGUUACUAUAUAUCCCAACAGGAAAAGCCAUAGAUUGCCAUCAAUGUGCGUCCUGGGACAGCGGAGCCUGUGGGGACUCGUGGCAAGACCCAGAAUCCAAAAAAAUAUACGAGUUUUACGACACAGAAGAGAAUGCCGACAAUGUGGAUGGGUGUGAUGACCGAGACACGCACUGCUUGAAGGUCAAAGUCAUCCUAAAGUUGUUUGAUUCAGGCUUCAUCCUGGGAGAACCAAGAAGGUCAGUAUCUGCGUCACGAGGCUGUAUUAGAGCAGAUGAUUAUGCAGGAAGUGACAAGUGCUGGGCCAUAGAGACGGCAUCUGGUAUGCAGCUCAAGUGUAUCUGUGCAACUGACGAGUGCAACACUGCUUCUGGCGUCUUACCAAACUUUUUGUUCACCUUAUUAUCAGCAAUUGGGACAUAUUUGCUCUGGAGGUGCCUCUAGAAUAUACUUCAUAAUGACAUAUGGACUCAAAAUUAAAAUUCAUAUUAGAGAUACCUAGAACAGUCUUUUGAUGGGAACUAACCAAAGCAAGACUUCCUUCCCAUCAAACAUUUGUGGUGUAAAACUAUAAGUAGUAAUCCAGUUUGACAUUUGGACUAAAGAGUACGUUCUUAUACUACAUGAAUUAGAAAAUAUGAUACAGGGAGUCCUUAAAAUGUGCAUUUGUAUCAGGCAUAAUCUUCAAUAUUCAGUGUAUUUCGAAUUCUUACUAUGCAAAUGCUAUUAAUGGGUAAAAAAGGUACACCGGAGUUUCAAAAUAUAUUAUGUUUUAAUAGUGAAUGAAGCGAGUGAUCGAAAAAAGGUUUCCAUUAAAAGAUCACAACAUUGAUUAUCUUUUAAUUUGAACAUGUAGAUUAUGAAAUUUUUCUAAGCUUAAAUAUUUUUAUAAUUUAUGAUUGAAAUGGUUUUUCUUUCAAUUUGAUUUUAGUUGAAUUUUAUGUUAAAGAAAUAAUUACAGGCUUGAUAAACAGACGUCUUCCAGGCCAUUAAAGUAAAUUAAGCUUAUUUAUUGCAAAUGUAAAAGCUCAAUUGGUAUUAUCUAAAAGUUGUGUUAGAAAAAAGGGCUGAAUACUUUUAAUUAUUGUAAAUAUGUAAAUAAUGUGAAAGUUUGUAUAUCAUGGAGAUAUUAUCUCUUCUUAUUCAUCUUGUUUUUAUAUACACAGGUUUUUAUUUAUAAACUUAAAUGAUUAACAAAAUCUUUAAAGGAAUUGUUCCUACAAUUAUAAUUACUAUGAUUCAGACCAUGCAUUGUCAAAGUAUGUGUAUUUUUCUGAAUGAUUUAAUUUUCAUGUGUCCGCUUUAUAAAAUAGGACAAAAUAUAGAUUCUCCUUCGGCCAAUGGAUAGGCAGCUUCCACCUAGUUAUCUCCACUGUAUUGAGAAGCUUUUUUGUCUGCAUGUCUCCAAUCUACAAUCUGAAUGGGCAGAUGAUUUUGGCCAAGUUUGAUAACAUGCAAUGUUGCCUCAGUAUCUUCAGAGUUAUGGCUCAUGAAUUAUAUAAAUAAAAAACCCAUCAUAUUUUCAACAGGCGCAUCUUGUGACACACUUUUUAAGAAGUUUUCUUUUUUUUUAGUUUAGUACAUUAUGUGUUGAUAAUCUCAUAAAACGAUGUUCAUACAUUAUAAAUACAUUCCAUUAUACAUUUUAUAUACAGUCUGUGUACAUAUUUAGUUCUAUAUAAUACAUAAUACUGCUGAAAUAUUAAUGCAAUAAAAGAAAGAUAAAAAACUGUUUUGUUAUC